AUGUUCAAAAUAACACGGAGCGAAGCAAAUCGGAACCUGAUCUUACUUGCCCUGGCCCUCGUGCCCAUUGUUCUGCUUUUCUCCAUUCUUGCAACGGCUCUGGUCUGCUCAGAGUACUGGAGUCUGCGUCGCGAACGACGGCCAUCAUCAUCAUCAGACUCGUCGUCUGCGUCGACAAAGAGAUCUGAGUCCAGCGACAGUGACGCGGACAUGUACAUGAAGGGGGUGGAGUUGAUGGAACACGUGUAG